AUGUCUCUCCCUCAGCCGGCGGAGCGGGCCGGGCCUCCCGAGGACCCUAACUCUCCUCCACCCCGUAGCAAACGUCCUCGCCUGGAGGAGGCAGGCGGUGGUGUCUCCCCGGCGGGGUGGCAGCCGCCGUGGGUGCCUGAGGUAGAACAGGUGUGGCGCUGGCGGCCUAGCAGCGUCCAGGCGUGCCACGCGUGGCAGAACGCGGGCGCCUCGGGCGCCUGGGCGGGCCCGGGUGGGGCGGGCCGGACCCGGGCGGUGCCCAUAUGGAACGUGGCCUGGCAGAACGGCAAGUGUCCGUUCUCCUCACCAAGUUCGGGUUCCAGGCGGAGGGCCCCAGGAAGGCCUUGGGAACCUGGGCUGCGGCCAGGAGAGGUUUUCUAUGUGGUCCGCAGAACCAGAUCCCAGGCAGAGGCUAGGGGGCCCCGCACCCCCACGGGCCUGGUUCAUGGCGUCACGCUCCAGCCUCCGAAAGGGAGAGACGACACUUUAAAAUUCAACAGCUCCGUAAGGUCGUCAGAGAGUCCGUUUUUAGCUGGUACCUUUAACGAGGAAGCGGACGAGAACAGAUGCGGAGUUGACGGUGUGAUGCCAUCAGAUGGGAAAGAAAAUAGCAUCUCAUCAUCUGUACUAAAAAUAUCAGAAUCUCGAAACCUGCCCAGCUUGGAAAUUGCCAAACUCAGCUAUUUUCGAGAUAACAUCACAAUAAGCAUCCUUGAGUUUCCAAAGCUUCUAAAUAGCAACAUGUCCUUUGUCUAUUUAAAGGAAAUAGCAAAGAAAAGGAAUGACAAAUUUGAAGCAUAUGUUAGGGACUUCACAAACAUGUACCCGUGCCAAAAUAGACCUGAUAUUGAGAAGCAAGAGUUGCAGGAGGAUGAAACCAUUGUAGAUGCAGAAUAUAAGUUUCCUGACUAUCCUGAAGGUAUCCAGCAGUCACUCAGCAACCAAAAUGCUUUUUUGAGGAAAAAAGGUUCAAGCAGUACAAUCUCUAACUACGGUAGGAUCAAGUGUGAUGUAAGAGACUCUAGAAAGGAUUUCACCUUAACACGAGCAAAUGCAAACUGGGAGAGAGCAAAAAGAAGCCGGGACAGUUUCACACCUGUCAGGUUGGAAAACUCUCCAGGCUGGGAUAGUAGCAUUAGACUUAUUUUGAAAAACAACAGGCAAAAUUGUUGGAUUAUGGAGCGUUAUAAGAGUAACCGUGAAAAUAUGAAAAACACUAGAGAAAAAUUGAAUUUCCCUCAAUUACUGGAAUUAGACUUUUUACCCAAUUAUUAUCCCUGUACAAAAGUCAUGAAUAUUCAUACACAACUAUCAAAACCUCUGAUGAUAGGAAAUGUGGGCAACCAAAUAACAUUAAUCAAAAUUGUUCCAUUAAGUGGUGAAGGAGAAAAUAUCAUAUUACAGUUAAGAUAUACUAUGGAAAAUGACUUUGUUGUAGGCAACAUUUUACACAGCAUCAUUACAGAAAUGUUUUAUUUUCCUAAGAGUGUUUCAGGAAAUAAAAAGGAUAAUAGUAUUCUAAACUGGUAUGAAAUUUUUAGGUGUGAAAGACAAAUUACUAUGAAAGACAAAUUAGUGAUAACCAGAAAUAUGUUUGUGAAUAUAAAGAAUGACAUUUUAAGCAAAUACUUACCAGCUGGUGUUUUAGUUGAUUUAACUGACAUUUUAAAAACCAAUAUAACUUUUUUGCUAAACACAGUUGAUUUUUUAUCAAGAAUUGAAAAUGAUUCUGAAUUAGAAUUGAUGGCACAUUUAAAUUAUCCAAAAAAUAGUAUAGAGGGGAAUCAUACCAUAAGGAUUCUAACUUUUUCGAGUCCAUUACAAAAUAACUUGAAACCUGUGCUAAAGAAAAGAAAGUUAUCUGAAACUAAACAAGCUCUUGAGGGGUCUAAGAAACAAAACAUUGAAUCCAUUAGCAUGACCACUAAAAAUAAAUGUCUUCUGAUUUAUGAAGCAUACAAAAAAUUUCCUUUCCCAAUGUAUUUUGAUAAUGAAGGAGAAGUCAUUUUGACAAAUAAAAUUAAUUUUAAAAUUACAAGUUGUCCUGAAAUUUCCACUAGUGUGGAAAUCUGGGCUUGCCAUAGGUCUACUGAAAGAAAACAAGAGCAUAAUGCAGUCAGUCAUUUCAAUUUUAAAUAUAUAUUUGAAGAUUUCUUUAACAUCAAGCAACAGGCCAUACCCAUAAGCCAAAGCACAGAACAUAGUGAACCGAUCAAUACCAUAGCUGUACCUCACAUGUUAAAUUUUGAGAACUCCUUGAGUGAAAUAGAAGGGAAAACAUAUUACAUUACUUUACCAAAAGAUGUAAAAGCUACACCACCAAAUGUGACAAAUACUUUACAAGUUUACAAAGGUAUAAAUUUAGAAAAAGAAGAGAGAGAGAGAUUCUUUCCAAUGGGAGACAUGCAGUCGGUGCAGGCUGUUUCAUUAAUGGAUGAGAAAGUAAAUGUGGAAGAAACUAAAUUUGUUAGUCAAAGUACCAGAGCUGACAAAAAUGAAUCUGAGAGCAUUUUUCUAGAAAGUAAGCAGGCUAAUUCAAAGCCUUUUCAUCUAAAGACUGACUCUACAUUUUGUCUUAAUCAUCAAUUUGAAACUGAUUCAAGUGAAGAGAACAAUGAAUGUUUUCAGGCCUCACUGGCUAAAUGUUUAUCAACAGAAGCUCUGACAAUAGCAAAAGAUUUUGAGAUGAAGAGUAAAUUUGAUUUAGUUCUUGAAGAACUUCAUCUGUUUCAUGAAAUUAGUAAAGAAAAUGAAAUUCCAAGCAGUGUGGAAACAAACAACAGCCAAGGAAAUUACUUUGGAGCAAGUAAUGAUAUGGAGGAGGCAAAAAUGGAGACGGGGAAGGAUUUGAAAUUGGUUUCCCCAGACAAAAUAUGUACAACUUCUUUGCCUUCUGAUAAGAUAGCCUGUCCUACUACACUUAAAAGACGCCAAAGUUUAUUUAAAUGGAAAACAGUACCCGGAAUCAGAGAACAGGAAGUUCUCCCUGAGUAUUGUUAUCCUAGAAGAUCAGAGAAAAAAAUACUGUGUUCUACUUCUGAGGAAGCUUGUAAAAUUCCCUCACCUAAUAGACAUGCUUUUCUUCCUGAUGAAUGCAAGGAAAAAAAAAGUAAUGACUUAUUGAAAGGAGGCAGUUAUAUUUCACAAGGCAUUCCACGAAUAUACCCUCUUAAGACAUGCAACCGACCUAUCAGGAUCGGUUUGUCAAGAAAAGCUAGACUUGCACAACUUCAUCCCUACCUAAAGUAA